AUGCAUGAUGAGGGUACUUCUGAUAUAAGUGCCUCUGAGCUUGUAAUUCCUUGUGAAAAUGGGGGAAAGGGUGCUGCAAAGCCUUUGGAAGGUUUGAUAGUUGAUAAAGGAUGUACUACAGCUGUGGCCUCUUUGCCAUGUAGGAAUAGGAAAAACGAGACGAAUGUAAAAUCUUCAAUAAAGAUAGCUUCAGAUCACAUUAAGAAUAUCAACAAAAGUUAUUUUAACUCGUAUGGAUCUUUCGGCAUUCAUAGAGAGAUGAUUAGUGACAAGGUGAGAACAGAGGCCUACAGACAAGCUAUUCUUGAAAAUCCUUCUCUUAUGAGAAAUGCAGUUGUUAUGGAUGUUGGUUGUGGGACUGGCAUUUUAAGCCUAUUUGCAGCCCAAGCAGGAGCUUCAAGGGUUAUCGCAAUCGAAGCCAGCGACAAGAUGGCUGCAGUGGCUACCCAGAUUGCAAAAGACAAUGGGCUUCUGCGAAACGAAAUAAGCAGUGAAAGCAAUCAACAAAAUUGUGUUAUUGAAGUGGUUCAAGGCAUGGUUGAAGAACUAGAAAAUGCUGAACAAAUCAGUCCUCAGAGUGUGGACGUGUUAUUCAGCGAGUGGAUGGGUUAUUGCCUUCUUUACGAAUCAAUGCUAACAUCUGUACUCUUUGCACGGGAUAAGUGGUUGAAACCUGGAGGCGCCAUUCUCCCGGACACAGCUACUAUGUUUGUAGCUGGAUUUGGAAGAGGGGCUUCCAGUAUAAAAUUCUGGGAGAACGUGUAUGGUUUUAAUAUGUCAUGUAUUGGUUGGGAGAUUGACGAGGAUGCUGCUCGGUUUCCCAUUGUUGAUGUGAUUGACAGUUGCAAUAUUGUCACUACCACUGAAGUUCUUCAGGUUUGUGUCUGGUACUGUGCUUUUCGAUUUUUGUGA